AGUAGCGUCUUCCCUUCAUCCCCAAUUGCGCCAUGUUGAAGAGAAAAAACGAUGAUGCUGAGGGCAGUACGACGAAGCGCAUGGCGGCGCAGGACGAAAACAACACCCCGCGAUCGGUGGUGGUGCGGGACAGCGACCCGACAUACGUGCACUUCCGGAUGCUCCUGGUGUUCAAGGAGGCACUGAUGAUCGUGGGCCCGCACGGCGAGACUAUCAAUAACUUAAAGGAACGUGCAAACGUGCGGAUCAAUGUAUCGGACAACCUCCCGAACAUUCCACAGCGGACGAUCUCGGUGCGGGGCCCCGCAGAGAACGUGGCGCAAGCGUUUGGCUUGAUCGUAAGAACGUUGAUGAAGGAGGAGUUUGAUGUUCCAUCCAACGAGGCAUCCACCAGCUACAAUUUGAAGCUCUUGGUGCCGCAUCCAAUGAUGGGCUACGUCAUUGGCAAACAGGGUAGCAAGUUUCGCGAGAUCGAGGAGCAUUCGGCUGCUCGGUUGAAGGCGGACGAGCUCCAGCUUCCGUUUUCGAACGAUCGCGUCUUGAACGUGACAGGUGUUGCAGAUGCCAUUCAUAUUGCUGUAUACUACGUCGCACAGACCAUAUUGGAGCACAAGGAGAUUUUCACCAAGCACAAGUGUGUGUAUUACAACCCGGUUAACUACCAGCCGCCCGCACCGUUCGCGCAGUUUCCGGGAAUGAUGCCUGUUCCGCCGACAUUGGGCGGUUUCCCAUACUUCCCCGGGCAGCCCGGCGCCGCUCCAGGUGUCUAUGGGAUUCUCCCGGGCAUGAUGGACAUGAAACAGGAACAGGCUGAGCGUGUGAUCACUGUCCCAGCGCACCACAUCGGAUGUGUGAUCGGGAAAAAGGGCUCCAACUUGGUCAACUUGCGAAACCGGUCCGGGGGCUGCUACGUCAAAGUUCACCCUGCUGAACUGGAGACGGAUCCGACAAAACGCACAUUAACGUUGAAGGGGACAGAAUUUACCAUAAACACAGCCGAGAAAAUGAUUUGGGGCAAGAUCAACUUCGAGGAGGAGCGUUUGAAGAAGAAAAUCGAAGAAAGCCGAUCGCCUGCUGGUGCAGACGAUCCGGAUGUCCAGAUGAAGCAGGAACACUAGAGGUAAUGGGCAUGUAUCAAGUUAACUCGAGUCUGUAGGGCGAAGAUGAUGGGUGUAAAAGUAGAGGGAUGCAGGGAGUUUACCAUGGAUGCUUUUGAGUAGCCAUAGAAUGGGACGCCGAGGGUGUAUUUCGAAUCGACACUGGAAUUCUAGUCGAUUCUCAUAAUUUAGGUAUGCACUGGAUACGGAUACUGGCACAUUUAUCGUUCCAGGUGACAACCGGGGUGUCAUACUGAGAGCAUAAUUGAAAGAACACUAGUUCCAAAAAGAUAUUGAGAGAUUCCGGGGAAAAUUC